AUGCCUUUAGGCACAAGAGCUCAAACUCGUAAAAAACGAGAUCGAGAGGAGGAAGAUGACGAUGGCCAAUCAAAGCCACCUGAGUUCAAGCGUCACAACUCCAAGAAUUCCGAAGUAGAAAACUUGGAAGAUCAAGGAAUAGAGGAGGAACGCUUGAUUCAACAACAGAAUCAGCAACCAUCUUCAAGUCGUCGAAUUCCUUCAGUUGAAGAAAGAGGAUCUGAUUUGAACUUACGCAGUUCUCUGUUAUCUGUAAAUCAGUUCGAAUCACUUUCACAAAGAUCAAGAAAUAACGUGGAAGGCGAAUCAGAAGAACAAACGGGCAAUCGAAAAGAACUUGAGCUCAGCAAGUUCCAGGCAAUACUCAAUGCAGAUGGCCAUCGUUUGAAAAUAGUUGUUGAGGAAGCCGGUUCUGAACCAAACGAUAUUUUGAAAACUAUUCCGAUCAAGUGCUUGAAAUGCGAAACACAAUGCAAGAAUACUGAUGAGUUGGCUCAACACUACUUGGCUGACCACGCUAACCAAGAACAAAAAGACUACGUCGCGCUUUACAAUUGCUUUGAGAGAGAAAUGUGGCAAGAUCUCGAACGAUCUAUAAACAAUCAAAGAAUGGAGACUUUUGUGAUCAAGCGAUUCUUUGUUACCAGAAAAUUUGUUCUUCGCAUUCCAUUCGACAGCGACAUUGUUCCGUAUGUUUUGCCAACGGAGACAAAAGUGUUUCUGCACUCAUGCCCAACUGGUACGAAGUACUUUUUUCAAACCGCUCUAACAAGAAAAUCAAAAGUCGUUCAAGUUUAUUUUGUAUUUGAUGACCAUGUAAAGCCUCAAACGUUUGCGCGCAAAGCAAGAGCAGAAAAGAUAUUGAAGAUCUUCCAAGAAAUUGAAGGUUAUUCUGCGGAACAGUUGAUCUCGUUGACUCAAGAAGACAGAGCAGGAUUGAUCGAACUCCUCGAAGGACAAUCAAAUAGUAGACUGCGAAAAGAAAAAAAAGAAUUCAAUUGCGAUUUGUUGAGUAGACUGCAGGCUAUUGGCAAUGCAAAACGAAUGAAUCCAGUUCAAAUUAAAGAAGCAAUUGAAAAGGGAUCUCCAGGCUUCGAAAAACAAGACAUUCAGCCAAUACAUAUGAAGAAAAAGCAGACGGCGAACCUGGCUGUAGAGCCAACGGAUACUCCGCAAACGAAGGAGACAGCAAAGCCGAAAGAUCAAAAGAAGGCCAAACCAACAAAUCAGAAAAUGGCCAAAUCUGGAAUUCAGAGACAGGCCGCACCGAUUGCAAAGAAGAUGGCGAAGAAAACGGCUCCAAAAAGAGAAAGUUCAGGACCACAAAAGCAGAGUGCUUCAAGUAAAAAAAAGCAAAAAGUAGAUGUUAAAUUACAUUCCAAACCCUUGCAUCUAUUAUUUACUGCUUAA